GCCGGGCUAGUGCAGAAGCAGAUGGUAGUUAGUGUUGCUCAGGGAGGUUUUAUAAAGACCCCCCAAACCCCGAACGGCAGCUGCUUUUUCGGCUUCUCUACGUCUUUAUGGUCAAAAAUGUAUUGUUCUGCACACAAGGUGCGGGAGAAUUGACACCAACUAGUAUAGGAGCUUGGGACUGGUGGAAGCAAACCGUGGAGAUGGUGCAGAGAUAGUAGGAACUGCAGAUUCUGGAGCAUCUGAGAUAUCAAGGUGAACACAGCAGGCCGAGCAGCAUCAGAGGAGCAGGAAAGCUGACGUUUUAGGCCUAGACCCUUCUUCAGAAAAAGAUGGUGCGAUGGAUUUCGAUUUCAGGGCAAGAGCCAGCCAGAGUGCGCGGAGUAAGAGAUUUCCUGUUUUGGAGGAUCAAGAGAAGAGAAACUGAUUUGCACAGAGCACAGGUGUCUGUUGUGAACUUAAGUCCUGUGCUUACAGUUAUAAAUUGUGUACACUUUCCUGCCUGCUAGAAGGGGAGAAUUUGCUGACAAGCUGAAACCAAACGUCAGGUGCACCACAGUCUCUUGUUUUGUUGAGACAUGAGCGUUAUCAUCCUUUAAAUGUGUGGAGAAAGGUCAGUGGAAGAACAUCAGUGUGACUGAGAAAAUACAACACACACACGCAUUCUUUGGUGAGAAUAUUUCAGUGCACUGGAAGAGCAUUAACGUGCCACUGUUCACAACAGGGAGAAACUGUAUGUCUGUACUGCGCACGGCUAAUGCUUUAGCUGAUUGUCAAGCAUGGAGAAACACAAGGACACCCCCACCAUGGAGAAACCGUGGAAAUGUGAGGACUGUGGGAAGCGAUUCAAAAUCCCAUCUGAGCUGGAGAUACAUCGGCGUAGUCAUACGGGCGAGAGACCGUUCAGUUGUUCUGUGUGUGAAAAGGGAUUCGCUCAGUUAGCCGUCUUGCUGAGACACCAGCGCAUUCACACUGGAGUGAGACCGUUCACCUGCUCUGAGUGUGGGAAAGGAUUCACUCAGCAAACCCACCUUGCUUCACACCAACGUGUCCACUCUGAUGAGAAGCCUUUCAAAUGCCUAGCAUGUGGGAAGUGUUACAAAAGUUCCCAGCAACUGUUGCGCCAUCAACCUGUUCACACUGAUGAGAGACCCUUCAAGUGCUCUGAGUGCGGAAUGCGAUUCACUCACUCAUCCCACCUGCUAAUACAUCAGCGAGUUCACACGGGUGAGAGACCCUUUAAAUGCCCACAUUGCGAGAAGUGUUACAAAAGUUCUGGGGAACUGAUGUCCCAUCAACGUGUCCACACUGAUGAGAGACCGUUCAGAUGCUCUGACUGUGGUUCUGGGUUCAGACGAUCGUCUCACCUCACUAAACACCAGCUAGUUCAUACCGGGGAGAAACCUUUCAUCUGCUCGGAAUGUGGAAAGAGAUUCACUCAGUCAUCCAACCUUCAGAGUCACCAACGUGUUCACUCUGAUCUGAGGCCUUUUAGGUGCUGUGACUGUGAGGAGAGCUUUAAAAGUAGCAGUGGUCUGCUGAAACACCAGCAAAUUCACACUGUGUAGAAGCCGUUUCCUUGCUGCUGUGUGUGGGCAGGAUUUUACUCAUUUGUCAUUACUGCAGCUCCACCAGCAGGUUUGUACGUAACUGCAGGGACUUGACCUUGCUGCUGUGAAUCUCCUGAAGGAUUAACAAUUAAAGUUUGUUUAAACAAAGUGCAAAUAACCUCUAAGGCAGGGCCAGUGGUGCAGUGCAAAACGCUCCUGACCACAGAUCACAUUUGUAGGUUUGACUCCUACCUGGCACCAGUGCAAUUUGCAAUUCUUUUAUGCUUCCAAACUACUCCUUUUCAAUGGGGCGGCACGCCAUCUCAGUGGUUAGCACUGCUGCCUGACCUGGGUUCGAUUCCAGCCUCGGGCGACUGUCUGUGUGGGGUUUGCACACUCUCCCCGUGUCUGCGUGGGUUUCCUCCGGUUGCUCCGGUUUCCUCCCACAGUCCAAGGAUGUGCAGGGUAGAUGGAUCGGCCAUGCUAAAUUGCCCGUAGUGCCCAGGGAUGUUCAAGUGGGUUAGACGUGGGAAAUGCAGGGGUAGGGGACUGGGUUGGGUAGGAUGCUUUUCGGAGGGCGGUGUGGACUUGUUGGGCUGACUGGCCUGUUUCCACACUAUCCGGAGUCUAUGAAGUGGACUGGAGUUGAAUACUCAGCAGGUGAAACAAAUCAGCUGAGCCAGCCAGCGACACUGACAUGAAUGAAUUAAAAAAACAAAGCUUUUGAGUCUUUGAUUUAUAGAGUCAUACAGCAAGGAAACAGACACUUUGGGCCAAGCAGCCCACGCGGUCCAUGUUGUCAAACUAGUCACAUCUGCCUGCAUUUGGCCCAUAUCCUUGCAAACUUUUCCUAUUCAUGCAAUUAUUCUACCAAAUAAGAGACUGAUUUAUGUCCUGUCACUAUUUUCCUUUUGUUGGCUUUUCUCCUUUUAUUGAUGGCAAUCUUGGAUUUAUGUAUCAACUUCACGAUGUCUGGAGGAGUUCCAGAGCCAAUGGGAUUCUUUUUCAAAUGGAGUAGCUGUUGGAAUAUAGGAAAUAUACUGGUCAUUACUGUGCACAGCAAGUUCUGCCAAAGUGAAAUGUGACUUCGACUCAAAUUCUCUCUCUACUGAUGUUUGUCGAGGAGUACGUAUUGAGCAGCUCAUCAGAGGGCACACCCUCUUCAUCAGAAUAAUAUUGUGCAUGUUUCUACAGACAACUGAGAGGGCAGGUGGAGGCCCUGGUCGAAGGUUUUGUCUGGAAAAUGGGACCUUAGACUCACUCAGUUUUGAGUAGAAUAUCAACCUGGGUUUAAUGCUCCAGUUUCUAGAUUUGGAUUUGAACCCAUAACCUCCUGUCUCAGAUGAAAAUGCAGCCACUGAUUCAGAACCAACAUCGCAUUGUCACCCGAGAUUAUUUCAGUGCUUCAGUUACUCAUGGACAAGUCUCAAAUUUUUGUCUGGGAGUCACAAUUCCAAUAAAGAAGUCAAAUCAAAGAUGAUUUUAAUGCAUUUAUUUGAAAAGUAGCAUUUUUGAUAUGAUACAUAAACUGCCUAGGCAGAAAAGAUGUACAACCUGGAAUACUCGAGAGUGGUUUAUUGGUCCCAAAAUUGGCAAAUGAACUGGGGACAGGUUCCCUGGGCUGGCUGCUUGAAAUAGUUUACUGAUUCUGGAUCUGGCAGACAUGAUUCUUGUGAUUAGAGGUGACAGUUCCCUCAGUAUGGAUUAGAGGUCCUGGAUUAUGGAGAUGCUGAUGUCCAGGGUUUGGAACUGUCAUACAACUGCCUAAAGCCACUAGGAUGAUCAGAAUCAGCAACUGGCUCCAAGAAUAUAUGUCAAAACAUUCUCCAGUAAAAUGUGAUACUAUUAACUUUAAUGCCUCAUUCUCACUUGCAGAUCCCAUCACUCAGUUUUAAGUCAUUAUCACAUCAUAGAGGCACACAGUUCAAACAAAAGUCAAUGUAAAGACAUUCAAAUUUCUCCAUUGGGUUACAACUCACUUGGAUAGUAAGAACAGCUGAUGCUGGAGUCAGAGAUGACACUGUGUGGAGCUGGAGGAGCACAGCAGGUCAGGUAGCAUUAUAGGAGCAGCAAAGAUGACGUUUUGGAUCAAAAGGUCCCGACCCUAAGUGUCAACUUUCCUGCC